AUUCAGGUUUUGGAGAUCCUGGGUAAGAAGUUUACUCCAGAGGAGAACUCCAAAGGCUAUAAGGUUCUCCCUCCUUACAUCAGAGUCAUACAGGGAGACGGAGUUGAUAUCAACACUCUGCAAGAGAUUGUGGAGGGCAUGAAGCAGCACAGGUGGUCCAUUGAGAAUAUUUCCUUUGGGUCCGGAGGGGCUCUGCUGCAGAAACUGACCAGAGAUCUGCUCAACUGCUCCUUCAAAUGCAGCUACGUGGUCACUAACGGACUGGGGGUGAAUGUGUUCAAAGACCCGGUGGCGGACCCCAACAAGAGGUCAAAGAAAGGUCGUCUGUCCCUGCACCGGACUCAGGGCGGAGACUUUGUCACCCUGGAGGAGGGCAAGGGCGACCUGGAGGAGUAUGGCGUGGACCUGCUGCACACUGUCUUUCAGAACGGGAAGAUGGUGAAGUCGUACACAUUUGACGAAGUCAGAGACAAUGCCAAGCUCACGGACAGUGAUAUCGAAACAUUUCACUGAGUGCAGAAUUCACCUUUAACCCCAAAAACAAAUUCCCCUCCCUAUUCCCCUGAACCCGUCACCUUUUGGCCUCCGUCGACACCUCAGAGGUGGCGUGCACUGCUAAUAAAUCCCCCUCCCCUAACCCCCUGAAAUAAUCCCAAAAAUCCCUUAAAAUUAACUUGUCUUCACCCUCAGUUCCAAACACUGUUGUUGUUCCU